GGAAGGCGAGGAGACGCGGGGAGUGACGCCUCUGAGCCGCGGAGGAUUGUGGGAGGAGGUUGUCUCCAAUUUCUCCUCCCCCUCCCCCUUUCCCGGCCAAGAUGUCUGACAUGGAAGAUGAUUUCAUGUGCGAUGAUGAGGAGGACUACGACCUGGAAUACUCUGAAGAUAGUAACUCCGAGCCAAAUGUGGAUUUGGAAAAUCAAUACUAUAAUUCCAAAGCAUUAAAGGAAGAUGACCCAAAAGCAGCAUUAAGCAGUUUCCAGAAGGUUUUGGAACUUGAAGGUGAAAAGGGAGAAUGGGGCUUUAAAGCACUGAAACAAAUGAUUAAGAUUAACUUCAAGUUGACAAACUUUCCAGAAAUGAUGAACAGAUAUAAACAACUAUUGACCUAUAUUCGAAGUGCAGUCACAAGAAAUUAUUCUGAAAAAUCCAUUAAUUCUAUCCUUGAUUAUAUCUCCACUUCUAAACAGAAUUCUGAUUUUUUAUGUCAGAUGGAUUUACUGCAGGAAUUUUAUGAAACAACACUGGAAGCUUUAAAAGAUGCUAAGAAUGAUAGACUGUGGUUUAAAACAAACACAAAGCUUGGAAAAUUGUAUUUAGAACGGGAGGAAUAUGGAAAGCUUCAAAAAAUUUUACGCCAGUUACAUCAAUCCUGCCAGACUGAUGAUGGAGAAGAUGACCUGAAAAAGGGUACACAGUUAUUAGAAAUAUAUGCUUUGGAAAUUCAAAUGUACACGGCACAGAAAAAUAACAAAAAACUAAAAGCACUCUAUGAACAGUCACUUCACAUCAAGUCUGCCAUCCCUCACCCGUUGAUCAUGGGAGUCAUCAGAGAAUGUGGUGGUAAAAUGCACUUGCGGGAAGGUGAAUUUGAAAAGGCACACACUGAUUUUUUUGAAGCCUUCAAGAAUUAUGAUGAAUCAGGAAGUCCAAGAAGAACCACUUGUUUAAAAUACUUGGUCUUAGCAAAUAUGUUAAUGAAAUCGGGAAUAAAUCCAUUUGACUCACAGGAGGCCAAACCGUACAAAAAUGAUCCAGAAAUUCUCGCAAUGACGAAUUUAGUAAGUGCCUAUCAGAAUAAUGAUAUCACUGAAUUUGAAAAGAUUCUGAAAACAAAUCACAGCAACAUCAUGGAUGAUCCUUUCAUUAGGGAACACAUUGAAGAGCUAUUGCGAAACAUCAGAACACAAGUCCUCAUAAAAUUAAUUAAGCCUUACACAAGAAUACAUAUUCCUUUUAUUUCUAAGGAGUUAAACAUAGAUGUAGCUGAUGUGGAGAGCUUGCUGGUGCAGUGCAUAUUGGAUAACACUAUUCAUGGCCGAAUUGAUCAAGUCAACCAACUCCUUGAACUGGAUCAUCAGAAGAGGGGUGGUGCCCGAUACACUGCACUAGAUAAAUGGACCAACCAACUAAAUUCUCUCAACCAGGCUGUAGUCAGUAAACUGGCUUAACAAAGAACAAGCUUUUACAGACAUACUUAAGGCAACAGUGCAGAGAUGUAAUUCUUAAGAACUGGGAAUGGCAAAACUACUGUCGGUUGAUGUGUCCUGAAAAUUAUUGGAGUUAUGGCAGAAGUGCUUUUUUUGAUCAACUGGUUUGUGUUUUGCUGCUGCAUUUAUCCCAAGAAAAACAGCUUUAAUCUCCAGAAGAAAACCAAAAUGCCAUGGGAUUUAUGCUGUAUUGACAUCUUGCCCUAAACAUACAACAUCAUAGUAAUUUGUCAUGGGCAACAUGACCAGAGAGAAGAUUUUUGUCAUGAUUUUAAAUACACUGACAUGCUACUGUUGGUUAAAUUUAAACAUGUUUUACCUACAGAAAUUCUCUCACAAAUAACCUGCAAUAACUUGAAAUGCAUACCCUUUUGAACACUUCCUUUUCUCAUGUAUAAAUUAAAAUGUUUGCUGCAUUUUGCAAAAUGUCAAUUCUCCAAAAAUGUGUCCGUAUAUUUCUGUACCUGCAGUGUAGUAAAGGUUUAGAUGAAACCCCAUAAUUAUAGUGGCAUACUGUCACUUAGGUUUCAAGCAGCAAAAUAAACAGUGCAGCUCAGAAAUUGUAGUUUGGUUCUUGAUGUUUUUAUUACACUUGGGUUUUUGUUUUGGUUAUUAGUACCUUAGAAAUUUCAAAUUUUAUCAUCAGUUAAUUUUUAAAAGCUUGAGAGCAAAUAAGUUAGCUGUUUGCUUUCAAGUUUUUAGAGUAAGUCUAUUGAGAAAGUAAGUAGAACUAGUUUCUAACAAAACAUUUGCAUAGUACUUUAACAGUGAUGCUUUAAAGGAAUAAAAAAAAAUUUUUUUUAUAAGAAUGAUAAUUCCUUUUUCAAAGAGUAAGUUCUAACUCUUAGAAUGUUCACCAUAAACAAAUAUGCCAGAACAUAGACAGCUAAAUGAAUGUUACUCUGCAUAGUGUCAUACUGGAAAAUAGUUUCCUAAUUCCAGCUAUUUACCAUUGCUCAAAGUCUUGGAUUUUGCUCUUUUAGAAUUGCAUUCAUAGCUAAUUUUAAGUCACAAAAGCUAUUACACUUUGUUUGUUUGUAUUUAAAGUACUACCAAGAUUAAAUGUCCUAUAGUUACCAUUAUUUGGCACUGAGUAACUUUUUACCAUUUCUAAAAAUUAAAUCUUUGAGGUAAUCUUUGAAAGUAUACAACUAACUGGCUUUGGAGGCAGUCUCAAAAGAGUUUUACAGGUAUUUUGAGCAGUGGUAACAUAGUUAAGAGAAUGAACUGUGGCCUUCCAAGGUGUCUACCUUAAAGGAUUCGCAGCUCAUUUGAAUGUAUUAAAAUUUGGAUUUAUUUGUUCCUUU